GCACCGACCGCGCAGCUCCUGCGGGCUCCGUCCUCUAGAUCAGGACGCUUUUCACCUGGAAUACCUCAUUCAGCUUCUGUUGGCUCAAACGGACUUUUCUUCAUCUUCUUCCUUUGUUUUCAGUUUAUUUUUUUUAUAUCAUGCGAGUUUUCACUUGAGCGGACCAUAACGUUUUUUUUUUUUUGUCGCAUUCAUUGUGGAAGAAGAUUGUUGAACUCCCAAGGCGACGGCUUCAAUGCCAAACUCUGCAAGGAUGAACAAAAACGGAAUGGUGACAGAAAUCCACACCAGGAUAAGGAAAGAACUGUUCACGAGCAAUUAUGAGCUGGUGGGGAAGGAACUGGGCAGGGGAAAGUUUGCAGUGGUAAAGAAGUGCUUCGAGAAAGCAACGGGGAAGCAGUUCGCUGCCAAGUUCCUGCGAAAGCGGCGGAAGGGGGAAGACUGCCGCAUGGACAUCUUGAACGAGAUUGCUGUGCUGGAGUCGGCCAAGGCAAACCCCUACGUGGUGGCGCUGCACGAGGUCUACGAGACCAACUCUGAAAUCAUCCUCGUUCUGGAGUGUGCUGCAGGUGGCGAAAUCUUCGACCAGUGCGUGGGAGAUAACGAUGACGCGUUCACAGAGAAAGACGUGAUACGACUGGCAAAGCAGAUCCUGACGGGCGUGGCCUUCCUGCACCGAAACAACGUGGUGCACCUGGAUCUGAAGCCCCAGAACAUCUUGCUGACCAGUGCCAGACCUCUGGGGGACAUCCGCAUCGUUGACUUCGGCUUGUCCAGAUGUGUGGACAAAGUCAAGGAGGUCAGGGAGAUCCUGGGUACCCCAGAAUACGUGGCACCAGAGAUCCUGAACUAUGAGCCCAUCAGCACCGCUACAGAUAUGUGGAGCAUCGGGGUUCUGACCUACGUCAUGCUGACAGGCGAGUCUCCGUUUCUGGGUGACGAGAAGCAGGAGACGUUCCUCAACAUCUCCCAGGUCAACGUGGACUACUCGCCGGACACGUUUGAGGGGAUCUCCUCCCUGGCUGUUGACUUUAUCAAGUCGUUGUUGGUGAAAAACCCCAGGAAGAGAGCCACAGCAGAAGAAUGCCUCAAUCACCCCUGGCUGAACUCCCACUCCCACCCGCACCUCCACAAGAGGUCGGCCUCGUCCUUGGACGAGCCCGAGAUGAGCCACUCGGAGUCGGAGCCGGAGAGCCCGGCUCCGUCCCCCGACCUGGACCUGAUCGGGUCGUUUCUCAUGUGCCCGGGGCAGGGCGAGCUGAAGGCGGGCCGGGAUGCCUUCUCCUUCAGCGAGGCCCCGUACCCCACGCGGCCAGAGAUCCAGCAGGAGCUGAUCUGCUGACCGGCGCUCCACGCGUCGCCAGAGACUCGUUGAGCGAGCCCUGCAGCUUCUUGGUCCUGCUCCGAGCCAGGACCGUGCUCUACUGCUGUGAUGUCUGAGCUGUGCGUGGACCAAUACCUCUGCGUGUUUUGCGUGUGACUGUGAACUAUAAACUCCAUGCUUAUUUGAAUAAUUGCACAAGAUAAAUAUGUAAGGGAUGGCAAAGGAAGGAGUGGGAGAAGACACGAGGACGUUGUCACACGACUGGACCGCCGCCUUAGAAGUGACAGAGCUGCACUGGGCUCAGCCUUACACCGCCAUGCUUUCUUGUACCCAGAUUGCCUUUUGGGACUGGGUUUUGGAGGAGAGGCAGUUUCUUGCUUCCUUGUGAACUGACUUCAUUCAUGCGCUCACGCUUCAGCUGACCCACACAUUGUUUCUGUGAUGAGAUCUUUGCAGAUGGUUGUAUCUAACAGAAGGCAGCGUCUUUGCUGAAGGAUAAAUGUUAAAUGUUUCACUGAUUUUUGUUUUAUUUUUGUUUAUUUAUGUGUGUUAUCACCUCAAGCCCCUUUAAAUAUUCAAUGCCACAUUGAUGCCUGAGUUUAAGUUUGAUAUAGUAGCAUUCUUAUAAUUUUUUUUGUUUUUUUAAGGACAAUCUUGAGCACUUUUUUACGUUGUUCUUGGAUUUCUGUGUAAUUGUAAGAAACUAAAGGCUCCUUUAAUAAAAAUUGGCUGUCACACGGUGUACUGUAAAUAAUCGUUCUUCAUCACAGUUUUUGUCACGUGACCUUUUUAUCUGAUAAUGUGCCACUUUUCCACCUCACUUCUGUGCUAAAAUUGUGGUUUAAACUUUUUUUUUUAAUUUGUUCACUUAUUUGCUAUUGCACAAGUUGCACAACAUUUACUUUGUACUUAACUGCAAAGUUGCCUCUAGACUUCUUGUUGGGUUUAUUAUUUUUUUACUUUCUUCCAAAUAUAACAUCAGUCUUGGGAGGGAGGAACCGCCGGCGUUUUGUGUUUUGAUCCGUUGUAGAAACAAAGGAACGGGGUAGUCCAAUGAUGCCCGGGUUUGAAUAAAUGUGAUGUUUUCCUUCAGAUUCUCGCGAGCAGAGAAAUUGGAAAGGAAAUUCUCAAAGGAUUGAAAUGUAUAUUGUGAGUUAGUGUUAAGAUUGAUCUGCAAAGGUAACUUUCUUUUUCUUUUUUUUUUUUAUAAAUAUAUGAAUGUUAACAACAUUGCAUUAUUUUGUAUGUUAACUUUUAUUCCUGUUGUAUUCUGCUCUUGAAUUUCAGGAAGGUUUGCACUUGUCCUUGUGGACAUCAUGUUGAAAUUAAAUGUUGGUGGCGAUGCAUUGCUAAAUGUAACUAAAAACAAAAAAAUACAUGAGCUUUUUCUAUCAA